UGCAACUUAGCAGAGGGACUGUCUCUGCCGUCAGCACCAGGCCAUGUUUGUCACUGAGGGCUCCCUGGUGGCCGCCAUCUGGGCAGCGCUCCAUCCUAGGACUCUGCUGCUGGCUGCUGUCACUUUCCUGCUCCUGACCAACUUCUUAAUAAACAGGCGCCCCAAGAACUGCCCUCCAGGGCCCUGGCGCCUGCCCUUUGUGGGAAACUUGCUCCAGUUGGAUUUGGAACAGUUGCAUCUGGCAGUUCAGCAGUUUGUGAAGAAGUACGGAGACCUAAUUAGCCUGGAUUUUGGUAAUAUCCCUUCAGUGGUCAUAACUGGACUACCCUUAAUCAAAGAAGCUUUCACUCACAUGGAACAAAACUUUUUGAAACGCCCCAUUACACCUCUCAGAAAACGUGUCUUUAAUGACAAUGGAUUGAUCAUGUCCAAUGGUCAGACAUGGAAGGAGCAAAGGAGGUUUGCACUAAUGACACUCAAGAACUUUGGAUUGGGAAAGAAGAGCUUAGAGCAGCGCAUACAGGAGGAGGCCCUCCAUCUUGUGGAAGCCAUAGGAGAAGAGGAAGGACAGCCUUUUGACCCUCACUUCAAUAUCAACAAUGCAGUUUCCAAUAUCAUUUGCUCCAUUACCUUUGGGGAGCGCUUUGAUUACCAUGACAGUCAGUUUCAGGAGAUGCUGAAGCUACUGGAUGAAGUCACGUGUUUGGAGGCAUCAAUGAUGUGCCUGCUCUACAAUGUCUUUCCAUCCAUAAUGAAAUAUCUUCCUGGACCACACCAAACAGUUUUCAGAAACUGGGAAAAGCUGAAACUGUUUGUGUCUCACAUGAUGCACAGUCACCAGAAAGAUUGGAAUCCUGCUGAACCGAGAGACUUCAUUGAUGCUUUCCUCACAGAAAUGUCAAAGCACCCAGACAAGACUACAAGUUUCAGUGAAGAAAACCUCAUCAUGAGCACUCUGGACCUCUUCUUUGCUGGAACAGAGACAACAUCCACGACCCUGCGCUGGGCUCUGCUCUACGUGGCUACAGACUCAGUAGUGCAAGAAAAAGUACACACUGAGAUUGACAGAGUGAUUGGCCAUGGGAGGCAGCCAAGCACAGCUGACCGAGAGUCCAUGCCCUACACCAAUGCUGUCAUCCAUGAGGUGCAGAGGAUGAGCAACAUCAUCCCCUUGAAUGUUCCCAGGGAAGUGACAGUUGAUAGCACACUGGCUGGAUUCCAUCUGCGUAAGGGGACCAUGGUCCUCACUAAUUUGACUGCACUGCACAGGGAUCCCAAAGAGUGGGCCACCCCAGACACCUUCAAUCCAGAGCAUUUUUUGGAAAAUGGACAGUUUAAGAAGAGAGAAUCCUUUCUGCCUUUCUCAAUGGCCUUCCAAGCAGGAAUCAGCGAGCUCUGCAGAGAAAAGGACACAGACGUAGACAAAUGUGCUGCAGCUAGAGCUCGGUGUCCACCGGGUUUCCUCACACUGAAGCUUAUGUUUCCUAACGUGUCUGCAGGAGGUGACAAAUGCCACACAGAAGUCGCACUACGGAAAUGUGGACUUCACUGA